UAGUACGCGUCAACACCAAUUACCCUAGCAAUACUCGACAUAGACAUGGAACCUACUGCUGCCGCUGCCCAACGCAUUUUCAAGGAAUUUGACAGCUACGACUUUGCCAACGACCAGGCGUUCCAACAAGGCAUCAAAUCGAUCCCCAACCACGAGGACACCCAAGUCCAGAGCAAAGCCAAGCACUUCUACUACUGCAGGACCAGGGAUGAGUUUGACUACGAGGCUUAUCUACAAUGGAAGACUGAGCAGUCUGGAGGCGAGCAGCCCGAUGGUGUCGGUGAGGCAUCGAUGGUCCCAGGCGCGCCGUAUUCAGCGCCCUUUGCCGAGGUCGUACGCAAGAUCCUGAACAACGAGCCGUUCGACGACAUCCGCCAGAUCCCCGAGCAACUGAACGAGAACCCGCCUAGUGUCUCCACUGCCAAAGCACCCAGGAAGCCCUGGGAGCAGGACUAGUAGUCGCUGUUGUCCAUGUAUUCUUAGCAGAAUGGAAAAAUGCG